AUGUCUACUCCAAACCCAAAGGCCUUCCCUCUAGCUGACGCUGCUUUGACGCAGCAGAUCUUGGACGUUGUCCAAGAAGCUGCCAAGUUGAGACAGUUGAAGAAAGGUGCCAACGAGACCACCAAGACUUUGAACCGUGGUAUCUCCGAGUUCAUCAUCAUGGCUGCCGACUGUGAGCCCAUCGAGAUCUUGAUGCAUUUGCCAUUGCUAUGUGAGGACAAGAACGUCGCUUACGUCUUCGUCCCCUCCAGAGCCGCGCUCGGGAGAGCUUGUGGUGUCUCCAGACCAGUCAUCGCCGCCUCCAUCACCACCAACGAUGCCUCCGCUAUCAAGAACCAAAUCUACGCCGUCAAGGAUAAGAUUGAGACUUUGUUGAUCUAG